AUGCCGAUCUACCACCUCGCAGAGACGUGCGUAGUCCGCUGGGUUUACCGCGAUCGUAAUGUGAUCCUGGAGGGUCCUGUCCAUCCUGUGACUGAGGGACAUCAUCUGACUCUACGCUGUUUAGAUCGCAACACAAAUCCCUCAAUCCUCAGAGUUGAUUUCUAUAAAGAUGGAUCAGUUCUCCAGACACAGACUACAGGAGAGAUGAUCAUCCAUAAGGUCUCAAAGUCAGAUGAAGGUUUCUACCACUGUAAACAUUUUGGGAGAGGAGAGUCAGAGAAAAGCUGGGUCUCAAUCAGAGAGAGACCACGUCCUGUACUGAGUGUAUCUCCACAGAGCUGGGUGACUGAAGGAGACUCAGUGACUCUAAACUGUGAAAUUACAAACUCCUCUACAAACUGGACAUUCAGCUGGUACAGACGUGUUACCUACAGAGACAAUACUGAUCAAAUCAGCUAUAAAGACCAGGUCAUGUCACACAGCACCAGAGGAUCCAGAGGCUCCUACAGUCUUAGUUCUGCUGCUUUUAAAGACACAGGAGUUUAUGUGUGUAGAGGAGAGAAAGGAGAACCAACCUUACACACACAGUACAGCAAUCUACAGCCACUAUGGAUCACUGGUGAAUCUCCUCCAGUCUCUCUGAUCAUCAAUCCCAACAGAACUCAACACUUUACUGGUCACUCUCUCUCACUGAGCUGUGAGGACCAGAGACACUCUACUGGAUGGACAGUGAGACAAUACACACACAGUGGAGUAGUUACAGAUUGUCCUGGAUCAGUUACAGGCUCUACAUGUAAAAUCAGCUACCCCCUGCUGGUCCACACUGGAGUUUACUGGUGUAAGUCUGAAUCUGGAGAAAACAGUAAUCCUGUCAACAUUACAGUGUAUGAUGGUAAUGUGAUCCUGGAGAGUCCUGUCCAUCCUGUGACUGAGGGACAUCCUCUGACUCUACGCUGUUUAGGUCGCAACACAAAGCCCUCAAUCCUCCGAGUUGAUUUCUCUAAAGAUGGAUCAGUUCUCCAGACACCGACUACAGGAGAGAUGAUCAUCCAUAAGGUCUCAAAGUCAGAUGAAGGUUUCUACUACUGUAAACAUUUUGGGAGAGGAGAGUCAGAGAAAAGCUGGGUCUCAGUCAGACGUGAGAAAUCAGCGCUUUUCAAAGUGUUACAUGAGACACCACGUCCAGUACUGAGUGUAUCUACACAGAGCUGGGUGACUGAAGGAGACUCAGUGACGGAAUCUGGAAAAAACAGUAAUCCUGCCAAUGUCACAGUGGAUGGUUCAAGUUCAUCAGCUCCAUCCUCAGUGCUCAUGCUGAUCUGUAGUGUAGUGACGCCUGUUCCGUAUCUGCUGGUGACCAUCAUUCUCCUGAUCAAAUGUUACAGAGCUCGAGCUCAAACUGAUGAAAGGAGAAGUGAGAAUGCAGUUGUGGAGGAGUGAGCAGAGUCUCUGUAUAAGAAGAGGAUGCUGUGGUGUUUUCUUUAGGGAUCAUUGUAUAUAUAGGCCUUGUAUGUUAUUAUUAUUAUU